AUGGAUGCAGCAGGAAUAUCAGGGUAAGUUUCAAGCGUUUUUAUAAAUGUAAGUUGUAUUAUUUAAACCGCAUUUGAUAACAUUUUUGUAAAAAUCCUGUCGGGAUUUUUAUGAAGUUUUGUUCGUCUUUGAAAGUCUAAACUAUUCGUGUAAAUACAUUUUGUAAAAAUCCUUUCGGGAUUUAAACUCUGAAUAAAAGUUUUUUUCGUCUUUAUAAAAGUCUAAAAGCCAAGUUGUUGUAAAUGAAGAUUUUUUUAAAUCGUUCUAUAGAUGUUUUACGCUGUACUUUUUACCUCGAGAAAAAAAACUUUACAAAUAAUUUUUUGCAGCAGAGAAAUCGUUUCAGGCAAUUGAUGGAAUCAAAAAAGCUUACCAUUAUUAACACUGACAAAAAUAUAAUUAUUUGUUGUAUAAAAGUCGUUAAGUUUUUUAGUCGAUAAUUUUUGCACAUGAAGAUUUUUUUAAAUCGUUCUACAGUCAUGUUUUACGCUGUACUGAUUUUCACCUCGAGAAAAAAAAGUUUAUUUACAAAUAAUUUUUACUGCAGCACAGAAAUCGUUUUAGGCAAUCAAUACGGAAUCAAAAGUUUGUAAGCUUACCAGUAUUAACACUGACUGUAAAAAUAUAAUUAUUGGCACUUUAUUUAUAUUCAGAAAUUAUUCCAUGAAGUGGUCAGAAGAGCACGAUCUCAUGCUAUGCAGAGAAGUUCUUGUCAUGGAACCAUUCAAGCACCCAAAGCAAAGUAGAGAGAGAGGAGAAAUCUGGGGAGAAAUAGCACAAAACUUAAAUGGGCUCAGUGUACCCAAAUUCACUGUAAGAACGCGGUCUGUUAGGGACAGGCUCACUCUUUUGCUGAGGAAGUACAAAGAAAAGGUGAGAAACGAAGAGCAGGGCUCUGGCAUGAAAUGUGACGAGGAAACAGAAUUGGAGAUGGCAUUGUGUGAAAUCAUAGAAAAAGAACAGGCAGCUGAUUUAGAAAGGAAAGAAAACACUAACACUCUUACCAAGAAGAAUGAAAACGACAAGGCGUCAGCCGAAGAAAGUAGGUUGAAGGCCUUGGAGCGCCUGGGCCAAACAAAAAAGAGGAAUGCUGAUUCGUGUGAUGAAGUUAUCAAACCAAAAAGCAGAAGAAGUACCACUGAAGCUGUGCAAAUUCUAAAAGAAAAAUUUGAGAAUGAGAAGGAAUUCCGGAAGGAAGAAAUGGAAUUGAAGAAGAAAGAGCAAGAAAAUAAAGCAGCUCAGCAUCAAAUGCUGAUAGAUCAGCAGAGGCAGAACCAGCAACAGUACCAAGAUGUAAUGAAGAUGAUGGCUGAACAGCAGCAGAGGCAGGAACAGCAGCUACAGAACUUUCAAAUGCUUUUCCUGCAGCAGCAACAACAACAGAGUCAAAUCUUAAUGAGUUUACUUGAAAAAGUAAUGCCCAAAUCCUCAUAA